AGCGCUCACUUGGCCAAUACUGAUCUUUGCCAGAGCCAAUCAUAUGCGCCGUCUUCAGUGGGCGGAGAGCACUCAUAAAUAUAAAUUGCAUGCAGUGUCUCCCUACACAAGACAUUAAUUUGUUUAAUCUUGUUGCAAAACCGGAAAACAAACACUGACAACAUGGUUGAAUGGACAGACGCAGAGAAGAGCACCAUCAGUGCUGUCUGGGGCAAAGUAGAUAUCAAUGAGAUCGGACCACUGGCUCUGGGAAGAGUCCUGAUCGUCUACCCCUGGACUCAGCGUUAUUUCGGCUCUUUCGGAGAUGUGUCCACCCCCGCAGCAAUCAUGGGCAACCCCAAAGUUGCUGCUCACGGCAAGGUCGUGUGUGGAGCUCUGGAUAAAGCUGUGAAGAACAUGGGCAACAUCUUGGCCACAUACAAGUCACUGAGCGAGACCCACGCUAACAAACUCUUCGUCGACCCUGACAAUUUCAGGCUCCUCGCCGACUGCAUUACCGUGUGCGUGGCCGCCAAGCUCGGUCCCGCCAUUUUCAGUGCUGAUACUCAGGAAGCCUUCCAGAAGUUCCUGGCUGUCGUUGUGUCCGCUCUUGGCAGACAGUACCACUAGAGUAUCACUCGACAGCAUCAAUAUGGACGAGAGAUGACACUCCAAACCAGUCUGUUAGGCUGGAACCUGUGCCAUAGCUACUACACAUGUUGAAAAUAAUAAAAUCUAUUUAAAAGCG